UUUUACAUUGACAUCCCGGACAAAAUGAGUUCUAGUAAAGGCUAUGGAAUAAACAAAGACAAUAUGUCAUAUAAAGCAGCCAGUACAUCAAAUGCAACCGAAGUGAGAGACGGCUAUACUCCACAACAACAACAGGAAUAUAGCAAAUACCUUAGCAAACUACAACAGGAAUUUGAAAAUCGAUGGUGCAAAAAAACGAAUUCUCAUACAUUUUCUGAUUAUGAACGUGUGCGAACACUGGGAACUGGUGCAUUUGGUAGAGUAAUAUUAUUAAAACAUUCUAAAACACAAAAAUUCUAUGCCAUGAAAGUUUUGGAGAAAGAAAAAAUUAUGAAAAUGAGGCAAGUGGAUCACACUUUGUACGAAAAACGAAUUUUAGAAGCUAUAAGAUUUCCAUUUACAGUGUCGAUGGAAUUUAGUUUCAAAGACAACAGUUAUAUUUAUUUUAUUAUGCCAUUCGUUGCUGGAGGUGAAAUGUUUAGCCAUCUUCGAAAAAUGCAGAAAUUUGAAGAGUCUCUGGCUAAAUUCUACGCAAGUCAAGUUAUAUUAGCUCUAGAAUAUUUACACUUUUGCAAUUUAAUAUACCGUGAUCUAAAGCCUGAAAAUAUAUUGAUUGACAGGAAUGGCUACCUAAAAAUAACUGACUUUGGUUUCUGUAAGGUAUUGCAAGGUAGGACUUGGACUUUAUGUGGAACUCCAGAGUAUUUGGCACCAGAACUGAUAUUGAGUAAAGGUUAUGGAUUUUCUGUAGAUUGGUGGUCUUUUGGUGUUCUGUUAUAUGAAAUGAAUGCAGGCUAUCCACCAUUUUAUGCAAAUGAUCCCAUGAAAACUUACGAAAAGAUAGUCGCUGGAAAAUAUAGAUGCCCUUCAAGGUUUAACAGUGAUUUAAGAGACAUUAUAAGGAAUACACUUCAAGUAGACAUAAGUAAGCGUUUUGGUGUUAUGAAAAACGGAGUCAUGGAUUUCAAGAAUCACAAAUGGUUUAAGGGUAUUGAAUGGGAUGCAAUUCUGAAUUGCAAAUUUCCACCGCCGUUCAUACCGAAAUUCAAACAUCCCGGUGACACGACAAACUUUGAACGAUACACCGAGGAACCUAUAAAACCAUCUUCUUACUGCAGAUUUGAAUCUGAAUUUAUUGACUUUUAGACGUAGAUGAAAUUUUGCAUUAAGUAACACUUGUAGUUAAUUGUAAUUUCUAACGUUAAUUCUCCAUCCAUAUAUUAGAUUAUAUAUAAAUACAUAGUCAAAUAAAUGGCACGUAUAAAACUAUAAGUGUUUCUGCAAUUCAAAACACAAAAAAAGUUCGAGUAUAAACUCACUAACACAUGCCAUGUUUUUAAAAUAACAUCCUCUUCUAAGACAUCUUAUCUCCAUAUCUUGUCAUUUUGUUUGCAGUCGGUUUGAAUACGUAAUUAAGCACGUGUGAGGGGCUGCUCUUAUGACAUGCGCCGGCGCAUCGACAUACUGAAGGGGAUCUGAUUUAGUGGGGCACACGACAAAGCUAUUUUUAAAUCUCAUAUCAAUUCAUAAGAUUAGUAAGUAAAAUAAUCACAUCUUGGUAUAUUAUUUAAUUUUUUAACAAUGUUUUUUGAAUCGAUUCAGAGUGAGUAAUUCAUUAUUUUAUUACAAGACGUGCUACAUACCCGUAUAUCCUAAAAUUAAUACCAUGGCACAUGCAAAACACAUUGUAUAGUCUAAAUUUGUGUUUUAUAGUUCUUUCGUGUGCGACCUAAAUCUAUUUUGGACAGACAAUUUUAGUGUGGCUAAUGGGCGAGUGUUUAUAGUAAUGUAACGGUGCUCGCUUCCAAGUAGCACCCCACUUAUAAUUAAUUAUGGAGCUAAUGAUGCGGAUAUUACGUCACCACAAAUAUACGGGAAUGUUGGAAGCAAUAUAUAUUUUUUUUUGACAGUUUAUAAAUGUUGCAAUUGAAUCAUAUUCAGUAUGAGUCAUGGUCUCGAAAGUCGAAACAAUGGCGUCCUAGCGGUCAUGGAACCAGAGUUCGCAACCAACCAAGUGGAAACGAAAGGAAACGCAGUUCCUUCGACUUAACAUCCUCGAAGCUUCAAAAAGUUUUAUAUUACAAAUAGAGUAAAACCAAACGGUGAAACGACGAAAUUGAAACUUGAACCAAUUUUAUGUGUAGAUACCUAUCGUGUCGUUUAUAUUAGUGAUACUGAUAAUAUAAUAUUUACGUUACUUUUAAAUGUAUAUCUUAAAUUUGAUGUUAAAUAAAAUAUGUAGAAUUAUUCGUUAUAAUUAAAAGUUAUCGCGCAUAAUAGGUCAAGGCAAUUUAAUAAACUCGUUUUUAAUAGUU